AUAGUAUGUACAGUCAGUUAAAUAAUCGGCGGCGAAAAAGAGAGACAUUUGAUGAACUUGGGGCUAAUCUGGACACAUUUGUAACAAAUGUAAAAGGCUUUUUGAAGCGUUUUGAUAUUCGCCGUGUGAAGUUAGGAGAUAUUAUCACUUUUCUUGAUGAACUAGGACUUAAAGAGACAACAGAAAAAAUGGCAAAGCUCGUAAAAACUAUAAAGGCGGCCAUAGAUCAAGAAACAUGUGAAAGUCCCUAUCAUAUGACCGACCCAGAACUAGAAAAUGCUCUGUUAAACAGGGGAAAGCAGGCAAAGACCAAUAGCAGAGAGGAUAUGAUAAAAGAACUACUCAAAGCUGACCAUAGCUGUCCAUUUAUUUCCUUUUCACUUCCUACAACCGAGACGUUGUACUGCACACUUGAUGAAAAAUGUCUUGGACUUGAAUGUUGCUUGACGAUAGAAGCAUUUGACCUGCUUCAGAAGACUUACAAAUUUUUUCUGAGACUUGAUCCCAAAAUUUUUGUCCUUGUUUAUUUAAAAAAAGAUUAUGAAGGUGUUUGGACAACUAAUGUGAAGUUCGACUUUUUGGAAGACUACGAAAUUGUUAUAAAGUACAAUGUUUUAUCAUCAACAAAAGACAUAAAGUUGACAGUCGGCGUUGGUCUCUGUAAUUCUGGAAAUGUCGAUGACUGUUAUACAUUCUUUUACUUGCUUAAAAAAGCCAUUUUUCCAAUUCCGACACUAAAUGCGAACGGUACAAUAUCGUACACAAAACUAAACUUCACAGACAUUGUAGAAGAUUUGAAAGAUAGUUUUAAUGAAGCUGGCGAAACAAUAGUAGAAUCUGCUGUUGAUGAUGCUAUAACUAUGUUUUUAGAACAGCUUGGGAUUUCAAGCGAUUUACUUCUGGAUGCGCCAUCAUACCGCUCAAUUGACACUUUCGAAAUAGAUGAGCUAAUGGAAUACCUACAAAGCAAGAAUCUUUCAAUAGAAGGGUCUUUUGACAACCUGAAGACGAGAUAUUUGGAUAGUGAAAGAAGUUGCAGCACGAAUGGAAUCGAUAUAAGCCUACCAGACCCGCCAUUAGAUUUUCUACAUUAUAACAUAUCGGAUAAUUGUAUGCAUGUCAACGCAUUCGUAGACAUAUCAGUGCCUGGUAUAGAUUUCUCGAGAACAUUUACUGCAUAUGUUGAGCUUGACCCAUGUCACUAUAUUAUACGAGCUGCCUUUGAGAAGUGGAAUACAACUGUCAUUCUCUUCGAAUAUGAUUGGGGUAAAACAGAAACAUUACCACUGGCAAAGGAUGUCCUCGUUACGUUUAAUAUCAACAAAAAUGACGAAAAGAAAGUGUUCCUCGUUGAUAUUGGUAUAGUUUUUAAGCCAGCUGACAUUGAUGUGACACUCCUUAAAGACUUUCAAAUACCAAUUCCAAUCUGCAACGGCAACUUUUCGUUAGAAGGAAGCUUAGCAAACAUAGCUGAAAUACUUGGAGGACAGAUAAAUAGAGAGAUAUUUGAUCUGGUGUUAAAACAAUUAGGGGUCGAUGAUAUCAUUAAGGAAGGAUCAUGCACAUUACCUUCGCCGCCUACAAACUGCCCAUCAGAAAUGGACAUAUCAAAAAUGAUACCAAAAGCCAUGGAAAAUCAUUUACAGUGUCAAUUGGCUGAAAACUGUUUUGGAAUAUCUUGUUGCGUUUACAUUAACUUCACAAUACCACUGUCGAGUAUUGAAAUGAACAUAUCAUUUCCAGUUUGGUUCCGACUAGAUCCUUGCGAUUUUCGUGUCAACACGGGCAUUGGCCAUUUUCAAUUCGAGGAACAACUUUUGAAAUAUGAAUGGGGAAAGGAGUCAAUCAUACCAAUUGGGUCAGGAGACAAUGCGCCGAUACAAAUAAUAUACACAAUAGACAACUACGAAGACGGGUUUAUACUUGACCUCCGUGUAGAAAUAUGUCUGCCUAUGGACGGAAAAGAAUAUUGCAUUCCUUCAGAAGGCCUUUUGCUUUUAGAAGACGAGCAAAUACCUGCAUGCUCACUGUCGGCUUGGACUAAUCUUACAGACUUCUCUUUUGAAGAAUGGAUGUUGUCGAAAGGGGAAAGUAUCGGAGAGCAACUAUCAGAUGCAGGAAAAGACGCACUCUUAGAACUCCUUGGCUUGAAUGAAUUUCUGCUUUCGCCGCCUUGUGACCGCAAAAGAAGUCCAUACAGUCCGUCUAUGAACGGAUGGAACAAUUUAUGUCCAAGCAGUUUUGUUAACCUUCCUUCAAAGCUCCCGAGUUAUGUUUCAUGCAGUGUACCAGAUUAUUGUACAGGAAUCAACUGCUGUCUUCAGGUUGAGAACAUUGGACUUUCAAUUAACGCAUUCAUUGACAUAAAUCUGUGUAACUACACCAUUUCUGGAGGAAUUGAAACUCUGACAUUCAAUUUUUCUCUUUUCAACUACGAAUGGGGUAAGACUGAAACGAUUACAAUUAAGGAUAUCUUCCGACUUAGGUUUUCAAUUAAAAAGCCAACCAACGAAAAAGUAUUCAUCAUAACAAUGCAAUUAGCUGUGUGUCUAGAAAGAGAUGGAAGAUGCAUAAUUGAUGAAAAAGUCCUUGAUGGCACAAAGGUUUCUCAACCAGGAUGUGACAUGACCAUAGAUAUAUCAAACUUUUCAGCAACAACCUGGUUGAAAAAUAACGGUCUCGGAAACCUAAGUAUUACUGACGAUCUAUGGGGGGAGGCUGUAGAUUUUAUAUCAGAAGUUGUUGGCCUUGAUGAGCAUUAUCUAGAUGAGCAAUGUGACAUAAGAAAAGAUCCAUACAAAAAUGCCACCAACAGCUGGUAUAAUGAGUGUCAAUUUUUGAAAGCGGAACUUCCUGACUUGCCAGAUCAUUCAGUCUGUCACAUUGGUACUUCAUGCACAUCACUUGACUGCUGUAUACAUGUUGACUUCCUUCGACGAUCUUUACAAGCGUCUUUUCAGAUUGACUUUUGCAAUUACACAAUUCAAGGCAAUUUAGAGAAGUCAAAUUUUAAAUUUGAUCUUAUCGACUUUCAAUGGGCGUGUACACCUAUACGUAAGGUUAUACGUCAUAAUUUGGUCUCGUCUGUCUCGCGAGAGUAUAAGCUAGACAAAACAGACAAACACUUCAUUUUUGAUCUCUCUGUUGAAGUAUGCAUGGAUUCUAGGACAUCAUGUCAGCCUUCGAUUGAUAUCUACACGAAAGCUAUGAUACCAAUUCCCGUGUGUAACUUAGAUGCGGGAUUUAAUAUUGGAAGCUUUUCACUCAAUGAAUGGUUAAACAAUGUUGGCAGUUCGAUUGAUGAUAAUCUUCCUACAGCAGUUGUUGCUCUACUUCUAAGCCAAUUAAAUAUUGACAAAUUUCAGCAAGAAACACCAUGCUCUUCAUCUGAUGUUAUGUUUAUGAAUACAUCAAAUGGAUGGAAUUCAGAAUGCAACGCUUCCUUUAUACUACCGUCACUGCCAGAUGAAAUGGUGUGCUACAUGACUGACACAUGUACAAGUAUUGAAUGUUGUGUAUCUGUUGAUAUACUAAGAACAUCUAUCCAUGUGAAAUUUCUCCUCGAUACCUGUAGAUACAAACUUACCAUGGGAAUUGAGCGUUUGGAGACGGAAGUAAUCUUACUGGACUAUCAAUGGGAUUUUUCACUAGAAAACUGGAUAAACAAUGAGGGUUACGACUUUGAAAGCGGAUCGUUAAAGGAAUACAUGAUAGAAAAAUUGUUUGAUACUCUUGGAGUCUCCAAAUAUUUAGACGAAAAUGAAUGUAAUAGAGAAUUGCAUCCGUUUUCAAAUGGUUUGAAUGGCUGGACAACAGACUGUCCAAGAAGUCUUGAUACAAUUGGACUGCCAGAUGUUAUAUCAUGCCAUAUCCCAACUUAUUGCACAGGAUUCGAUUGUUGUGUUUACAUGGAUAUAGUGAAGCGCUCUUUCAAACUGUAUUUACAUAUUGACGCCUGCAAUUACAUGUUUUCAAUUGGUAUUGAAAAGUUCGGAUUGAACGUUUCUCUUCUUGAGUACGAGUGGGGAAAAACAGAACAGUUCUCGUUGAUGGGUGCAUUGCGGAUAAGUUACUCUAUAUUGAACUUGGCUACAGAAAACCAAUAUGUGCUUAAUCUGGACAUGUCCUUAUGUAUCCAAAAAUCGACUUGUGAAGAAACCUUUUCACUUUUAAAAGAUGCAAGAAUCCCAAAAAUAGGAUGUGAAUGGAGUGAAUCUUUAUCAGAUUUCAAAUUGGAUCAGUAUUUAGACAACCUCGGAGUACAGCUUGGUGAUUUGGAGAAUACCUUGACUGACAUCGUAGCUGACAAACUGCUUGAGACACUUGGUGUCUCUAUGUAUAUUCUUGACAGGCAAUGUGAACAGACAGUUAGCAAUGAACAAUAUAUAAUAAAUGAAUGUGACGCAUUAGAUAUUGACUUGAAGACUCCUGAUAUAAUGACAUGUAUCAUACCUACACAUUGUACCGGAAUCACGUGCUGUAUAAAUAUUCCAUUGAUUGGUAGAUCGAUAAGUGUUACAGUUGACCUCGAUGCGUGCACAUACCAACUUACAAUUACUAUCGAAAAACUCAAACUGGACAUACGACUUUUCGAAUACGAAUGGGGGACAUGGCAGCAGUUUGACAUUAAAGAUGUUUUUAGAUUGAAGUAUCGCAUUGCUGAUCUUGAAUCAAACUUUAGUCUUCAGAAAUGGAUCGAUGAUAACGGAAACAAACAAACAGACACACUUACAGAUAUUCUUAGAUCAAUAUUAUUUGAACAACUUGGAUUGACACCUUACUUACUUCAAGACGAAUGCGAUGUCGGGGUAGACCCCGGUUGGACAAAAGAUUGCCCGCUUAAUGGGUCUUUGCCGUCACUUUCGUCAGAUAUAAAGUGUACCAUAGGGGAACGAUGUUCUGGAUUUACAUGCUGUGUAAAUGUUCCAUUGCUACAACGGUCGUUUUCGUUUUACUUUGACCUAGAUACCUGCAAUUUCGUACUAUCAGCAGGAAUAGAGAAGUUGAUGUACAAUCAAUCACUAGUCAACUAUGAAUUUGGUCAUAAGAAAACAGUCGAUUUAUUUGGCAUUGUAAAGCUAUCCUAUACCAUUUUUGAUGACAAUACUUUGUCUGUAUUCAAACUUUCUGCGGAAAUUAGCAUAUGUUUAGACUCAAACAGUCCAUGCAGUCCUGUUAUAACAUUGAUGGAUAAAAUACAGUUUCCAAAACCACUUUGUAAUUGGGACAUGCCUUUUAAAGUUCCAGGUUUCGACAUUGACAAUUGGCUUCAAGAACAUGGCAUAACAGAACAAGCUUUAAGAGACACGUUCCUUGCGCAGUUAAUAGACACACUCGGCUUGUCACAUUAUUUCAAAGAUAGCGAAUGUAGCCAUCAAGAAACUCCGUACAAAUACAGUGUGAAUGGCUGGAAUACAGAUUGCCCGUUGGCUAUGAUGUUGCCUGCAUUGCCUGACGAGUUGCGAUGCUAUGUACCGGAUUAUUGUACAGCCGUUGAAUGUUGCCUUGAUGUUGGGUUACUCAAAAGAGGAUUUAGUGUUAUCCUGUCGAUUGACGCUUGUUCUAACAGACUUGUUGUCGGUAUAGAGGACCUCAAAUUAAACGUUUCUCUUACCGAUUAUAACUGGGGAUCUACAGAAGUGAUUACUUUAUUGGGUGUUGUUCAAAUUACAUACAAAAUAGAAAAUUAUGAGAAAAGCAGACAAUAUGGCGUAGAUGUUGGAUUAAAGGUAUGCUUUAGCCAUGACAAUUGUGAAUUUCAAACAACAUUACUGGAAAAUACUACAUUUGCAAAACCACUUUGUCGCUGGGAUUCAGACUUCUUGAUUCCAGAUUUUUCCCUUGAUACGUGGCUGGAUGAGAAUAACGUAAUUGAUAUUACACAUCUUCAAACGAAUGUGAUAGAUAAACUUUUGAAGGAGAUCGGUCUCAAUCAAUAUCUACAAUUAGAACAAUGCGACAGAACAACACAACCAUUCUCAAAGUUAGCUAGGUUUCAGUCAGAAUGUCGUGAAGAAGUUCAGUUACCUGAUUUGCCUGAGACUAUAUCAUGCUAUUUGUCGGAAAGGUGCACCAGUAUUCGCUGCUGUGUUGAUGUCGAUGUCAUACAAACGAGUUUUGACAUAACUCUAAAUCUGGACACAUGCAACUAUAUCCUCGAAGCACAAAUUGAAAACAUGAAGCUGGAUGUACCUCUCGUUGAUUAUAAAUUUGGUGAAGAGAGUAAAGUGUAUCUCUUUGGCGUCAUUAGACUUAUAUUCAAGAUAGAAAAGGUCGACGAAACUGCAUUUAAUAUCGAUGCAACGAUUGACAUUUGUUUCGAAGCAAGUGAAACUUGUCUUUUCUCUGCCAAAAUUUUGGACAAUGCAAGAAUACCGAACGUUUUCUGCUCCCAUGGACUUGGAUUCCAGAUUCCCGGAUUUUCCCUAGAUGUGUGGUUAAAGAAUAAUGGAAUACGAGCCGGUGAAACUAUCGGUGGAGCACUUCUUAGUAACUUGUUCAGUGCCUAUGGUAUUGAUAACUACCUACAGAGUGAUCAAUGUGUAUUGCAAGAUUCGAGAUUCGAUCAAAAGCAAGGAAAUUGUUCUACAAAUCUAGACAUAAGUGACAUACCAGACGUGGCGUGUGCUGUCUCGGAUACAUGCCUUGGUGUGUCUUGUUGCAUAUAUUCAAGUAUACUCAAACGUUCCUUUGAAUUAAGUUUCGAAAUAGAUGUUUGCCGAUAUGCUCUUGAACUGCAGAUUGAAUCUUAUAAUUCUACCCUGUUGCUUGAUACUUCGGAACUUGGUGAUUGGAAAUUCUUUACUCUCCAGGGACUGCUUAAGAUAAGUUAUCGCAUAAUAGACGUAUUUGAAGAUAAUGUCUUCAUCAUCGAUGCAAUUGUGAAACUUUGUCUGUCUGAUAGCGAAUCGUGUGUAGUCGAUAUUCCAAUUUUACAAAGAAAAGUGGUUCCAAAACCGUUUUGUCAAUCUGAGAUAGGAUUUAAAAUACCAGAUUUUUCACUUGUGAAAUGGCUUGAAGAUCAAGGUUCAAACAGCGCAGUAUCAGUCCUGCCUAAGGAUAUCGUUAACAAAUUACUGGAUGACUUACACAUUUCAAAUUUUCUUAGUCUGGGUAGUUGUACUGCAUCUAGUCCUGCAUGGAAAUCAGAUUGUGAAUUUGCCAAAAGCGAAGUUGUGCUGCCACCUGGAUUAUCCUGUAGUCUGGACAAUUCAUGUGAAAAUAUUGCUUGCUGCGUAGAAUUUACUCAACUACAGUUAAUGUUGGCGUUCAGCUUUAACUUUGAUGUGUGCAACUUGGAAUUUACCACACGUAUAGAAGAUAUAACAAAAACUGAAUCAAUCCUAAAAUUUUCAUUUAACACCGAACAUAUUAUGGACCUAUUUGGAAUCUUGAAAUUAAAGCAUAAGAUAUUCGAGUUGAAAGGAGCUGGACUAUUCUCAAUUGACGUAAACUAUAGACUGUGUUUAGACGCCUUAAACUGUACCACAGAAACAUCAGUGUUUAACAACCUUCAGAUACCCAAAUCUGCUUGUGACUGGAAUACCAGCAUGAUAUACGAAUCUGUUGAGGACUUCUUUCAGUUUAUUGACAUUCCACCGGCAGAAGUUUUACAGGGAGAAAUUAUUGACAUGUUUCUGCAUAAAACUGGACUUAACAUUUUUAUGUCUGACGAGCCCUGUGUUUUGUCACCUUCGGCGACUACAACUUCCGAGCAUGACCAAAAAUGUUCUACAAUACAACUUCCUGUGGGUAUGGAAAACAAAAUGACAUGUGUAUAUGACGGAAGCUGCACCGCUAUGACGUGUUGCCUGAACGCUGAAUUCAUACAACGAACUAUUUCAUUCGGAUACAAAAUUGAUAUAUGUGCUAAGAAGUUACAUAUCUAUAUUGAAAGCAUGCAGUACGAUUAUGAGUUUACCGACGAUAUGUAUGGAAGGGAGCAUACAAUAAGUCUUAAAGGCAUUAUUGAGCUGAAGACAAAGUUUGACUUUAUCUCUGUAACUAAUGUAUUAGUUAUAAACGUUGGUGUAAAAUUAUGUUGGGACAAAAGCUCGUGUGUUAUUGAUGCAAUGUUAUUAGAUGGUGUAAAGUUAUCCUUACCAUUGUGUGAUUGGGACAGCAACAUUCUUAUCAACGGUUUUUCGCUUGUAAACUGGAAGGCUGAUAAUGGAUUAGGCAGUGCUGACAACAUAGACGGCUUAUUGUCUGAUCAGUUAUUUGAACACUUACAACUUGCGCAAUACCUAGGGGCUCAAUGCGAUACUGAUCAUUUUGGCAGUUUAAUCACACCAGCAGAUUGUGCCCUUGCCUUACCAAGCUGGUUUGACGAUAACGCUGACUUACACUGCGGGUUCCAAAACUCUUGUUCAAAUAUUUUCUGUUGUCUAAUGAUGAAGCCGCUUGGACGUUCAUUUACAAUAAACGUUGACAUUCAACCAUGCGAGUUCAAAAUCUCGAUUUCAAUUGAAAAGUUUAAGAAGGUCGUUUCACUGAAUGACUAUCAAUGGGGUGCUAGCGAAAGAGUCACUUUAUUCGGCAUGUUAUCUGUGACAUAUGCUAUAGUUGAUAUUACUGCUGAAAAUGCCUAUGUGGUAACUUUAAAAUUAUCAUCAUGCCUUGACGAAUUGGAUUGCCUUUUCGAUGAGACUGUGUUAGAUAAUCAAAUGAUUAAAAAGGAAACCUGCCACUGGGAAGACUAUUCACUACCAUCAGAGUUCAGUCUUUCUGAAUGGGCAGAAAACAGAGGUUUAGACCCAAGUCAAUUAUUUCAAGACGGAACCCAAUAUCUAAUGGAAAAGCUCGCUAUAGACAGAUUUCUCCUGAAACCAUCAUGCAGUUUACAGGAUAAUAUUUAUUUGAACGACCAAGUCAAUGCAGGUUGCUCACAUGUUGAUACAUUUGCUUCGCUGUUGCCUAUGGCUGCCUGCCGAUUGUCAGAUGAGUGUUUAAAUCUAGAAUGUUGUAUAGAUCCACCCAACAUCAAUCGCCGCUUCAAAGUUCAAUUUAAAUUUGAUCCAUGUAACUACAAAUAUAAAAUAAACAUUGAAAAACUUACUUUUGAAAAAAGCCUGUUUGAUGUUGAUCUUUCCACCGAGCAAACAUUUUCGUUACAUGGAGUUGUAACAAUUAGUUACCGAGUAGAAGAUUUCGCAGUUGAUAAUGUUUACAAAGCCAAUCUUGGAAUAAAAAUAUGCCUUGACGGCGUCACAUGCCCAGUUGACCUGCAGGUUUUAGACAAUGCUUUGAUAACAAAACCAACAUGUUUCACAAAACUGAAACAAGACUACAAAAUAAAAGAAUUUUCGCUGAAUAAAUGGAUGGAUAGAUAUAACACAAGUUUCUCAAAGAACAUUCAGCUUAUGCUAAUGAGUGACCUCGGUAUCACUGAGUAUCUUAAUAACGACGAAUGUACAAUUGGUCAGGUCGGCUGGAAUAAAGAUGAGUGUGCACUGAGUUUGUCUUUACCUGAGCAGCAGCUGUUCGACAUGUCCUGUUCGUUAUCAGCGAAAUGUACAGAGUUUUCUUGUUGCAUACCAGUACCGUUUAUCAACAGAAAUGUUGGAAUCGAUGUAAAUGUGGAUCCAUGUGCAUUGACGAUGGACAUAAGCGUCGAACGGCUAAGAUACUCUGUCAGUUUGAUUGACUACAAUUUUGGAAGGCAAGAAAACGUUUGGAUUUCGGGAGUUUUACGACUUACGUUCACAAUCCAUGACAUUGUUCAGAAAAAUGAAUAUUUAGUGUCCGUGAACUUCGAAGAGUGUUGGGAAUAUAACGACGUUUGCUCGAAAGAAUACAGUUUAUUAACAAACCAACGGUUACCAAAGCAAAUUUGCAACAGUACAAGCGGCUUUAACAUUCAAGAAUUUUCCCUUCAAUCGUGGAUGUCUAAUCAUGGACUUAAUACAGGUGAUACACUUAAUGAACAACAACGAAAUCGUCUUCUAGAGGAAUUAGGACUUGUUGCUUUCUUGAAUGAUAAUGACUGUCAUCUUGAACAAACUACGUCAGCGCAAAAUGGUUGGAUCAACGAGUGUCCCCAUACCCUUCAGUUGCCAGAAUUACCUGACGGAAUAAAGUGUAAAGUCGCUAGUUAUUGCACAGCUAUCAGUUGCUGUGUAUCUAUGGAUCAGAUAGGCUACACAUUUAGUGUAGGUCUAGAUAUAGAUCCAUGCAGUCAAGAGUUGACAGUUCAAAUUGAACGACUGCAGAAGGAAAUAGCUUUUAUCAAUAUGGAAGAUGGAUUAUUUGAUGAGUUAUGGCUUUUUGGAAUAGCAAAUCUGAGAUAUCAAGUUUAUGACUUGCACGAAGAACGAAAAUAUCUUCUGACAUUGACUAUCAGCCUAUGUUCUUCCUACGACUCUUCUUGCACUGACUAUACGGUGUUCAAUAAAACCAAGAUUCGUAAAAUCCAAUGUGACUGGGGAUUGAACACUGCUACAGAAGAUGUGUUUUCAAUUUCUAAUUGGAUGGAAAAUUUCAAUGUUGAUGACACUCGAAAUCUUCCAGCUUAUGCAGUUGACAUACUUUUCAACGAAAUGGGUGUUGCCGAUUUUCUCUCGCAAAGCCAGUGCAUAGUCAAUCAAUAUCCUUUCAGUAUAGAGGGUGGAAUCGAGAACGAAUGUAGCGGGUAUUUGCUGGAUGGAAGUGACCUUGGCCCUGUGUCCUGUCAUAUGAGCUCUACAUGCAUGUCAUUAGAAUGUUGCAUCAACACUACUGCUCUUCCCCGAAGUAUACACGCAUUCUUCCAGAUAAAUGCUUGUGAUGAAAAGCUUACCGUUGGAAUAGAAAAGUUUACAUUUGAAAUGAGCCUUGUUGAUUAUGACUUUGGAACAAAGGAACACUUUUGGUUAAAUGCUAUAUUCCGUAUCGAUUUCCGAAUAUUCGACCUUAAAGAAAAAGAAAGCUAUGUUGUUGAUCUUGAAGUCAGUAUUUGCCUUGAAAGUGGGUCAGAAUGCACCGUGAAGCAAUCCAUAUUGUCUGAUGCUGUACUUCCAAAGCCACAAUGUUCAUUUCAAGAAGGUUUUAAUAUUAACAAUUUUUCUAUAACCGAAUGGAUGCAUGAAAAAGGCUAUGAGCUGCAAGAUGAAUUGUCAGAAUUGGAUUUGUCAUUUUUGAUGGCUGAUCUUGGCCUACCUAGGUUUCUUCAGAGCAUUGAGUGUGAACUCUCGGAUUCUGUCAAGGAUAACAAGACAUCAUGUUCCUUAAAUCAACUCCUAGUAAAUCUUCCAGAAGACCUAACAUGUUACCUUCCGACAUGCAAUGACGUGAAAUGCUGUCUGUAUGUAAAACCACUGCGAAGAAAUUUCAUGAUUCUAUUACGUAUUGACCCUUGUCAGCAAGUUCUCUCAAUAGAGAUAGAAAAUAUGAAAGUGCAACUUGCCUUCAAUGACUUUAAAUGGAAUGAAGAGCAGUCGAUAUUUUUGAAGGGUGUCCUACGAGUAGCAUUUACAUUAGAAAACCUAGAUGGACAAAAUGCAUUUGUGUUGUCACUUGCUGUAGAUGCAUGUCUUGAAUUUAACACGGAGUGCUAUUUCAAAAGCACAAUCUUCGACAAGGCAAUAUUUCAUAAAAGAUUUUGUGAAUUUUCAACGUCGGAAGCUUUCCCAAUUACAGACUUUUCUCUUUUGGAGUGGAAGCUGAAUAAUGAACUUCAUACAGAUUUGCCACUGGAAAAUUUAUUUUCUGAUUUAUUGCUUGAGGAAUUGGGUAUUUCCAUGUACAUAAAUGAUCCGCCUUGUCUAAUGAAUCGGAACAAAUUAAACUCUGGCUGGACAAAUAGCUGUCCAUACACAUUAAUGAACACGUUACCAACAAACAUGGUGUGCUCUUUAGACAACAGAUGCCUUAAGCUAGAAUGCUGUAUAUAUGUCACUGCAAUAAACAGAAAUAUAGAAGUCCAAUACGACAUCGAUGUUUGUGGGUCAACGGUUGAAGUCGGUGUAGAACAACUUGUCAUGAAAGAAAACUUCCUUGAUUUUUCCUGGGGUGAAACAAAGAGGUUGAACUUCGGUGGCAUUGUUCGUUUUGAUUAUUCAUUUUCCAAUCUUGAAAAUGGGGAUCAACUUAUGACAAGUGCAACGAUUAGCCUGUGUUUUGAAUCUUCGUCACCUUGCGAUUUGCAGACAACUUUACUUGAUGGACUUAUUUUUCCAAAACAAUUAUGUACAUGGGAUAAAGGCUUUGCUUUAAAUGAUUUCUCUUUGCAACAAUGGAUGUCACAGGAAGGAUUGAUUCAAGGCAUGCCGUGGACAGAAUACUAUACUGCUAAACUGUUAAACUUACUUAACAUUUCUCCGUUCCUGCUUGAAGACACCUGCACCGACAUUGAAGGAAAUGAAUCAUGGGUGUCUGAUUGUUCGAAGGAAAUAGGAAAUGGUCUUCUACAGCUUCCAGAAAAUAUACACUGUUUAAUUGGACAGAGCUGCACUGAUGUUGAAUGUUGUAUUUGGGUAGACCAAUUUAACAGAUCAUUGAAAUUACAAGCAAACAUCGAUACUUGUGCACAUGAAAUUACUCUUUCUAUAGAAAGAUAUCAAUAUAGAAAACACCUGUUCAAUUACACAUGGGGAGAUAUUGAAAAACAUACGGCUUUUUGGUGUUUGUUUCGAAUUGAAG